CCAGCUCAGAGAAAAUCUGUAGCGGUUGAACCUGACUGCAACUCCUUGAAUUCAUCCAGCGAUUCAUCCAGCCAUCCAUCCAUCCAUCAUGUCUCAGUAUAGCUUUUCUCGCACUUCCACCAAGGGUCCUGUCUCCUUCACCAGCAGUUCAAUCAUUAGCCAGGGCAGAGGGAUAGUGUCAGGUGCACCCAAGGCCUUCAGCGUUUAUGGCGGAGGUGCAGGUGGCAGCACACGCAUCUCCUCUGCUUCAAGCUAUGGUGGUGGAUAUGGCUUGGGAGCUGGUAGAGGUGGCUACCAAGUGUCCACUUGUGUGGAUUCUGAUGUUCUCAGCCUAAACGAGAAGCUCACCAUGCAGAACCUGAACGACCGUCUGGCAUCCUAUCUGCAGAAGGUCCGCUCUCUGGAGAAGGCCAACGCCGACCUGGAACUGAAGAUCCGCGAGUACUACGAGAAGAAGGGUCCGAUCGCUCAGCGUGACUACAGCCACUAUUGGGCCACCAUCAAUGAUCUCAAAGAUAAGAUUAGAGCCGCCACCGUCGCCAAUGCAAACGUCCUUCUCCAGAUUGACAACUCUAAACUUGCUGCUGACGACUUUAGGACAAAGUACGAGCACGAGCUGAUGAUGAGGCAGUCAGUGGAGGCUGACAUUGCCAACCUGCGUCGCCUGCUUGAUCAGACAACUCUCACCAAGUCUGACCUGGAGAUGCAGAUUGAGGGUCUGCAAGAUGAGCUGAUCUUCCUGAAGAAGAACCACCAAGAGGAGUUGGCAGCACUGCGAUCUCAACUUACCGGCACAGUCAACGUGGAGGUGGACGCGGCUCCUCAGCAAGACCUCAACAGGGUCCUGGAAGAGAUUCGCUCCCAAUACGAGAGCAUCAUCGACAAACAUCGUCGUGAUCAGGAGGCCUGGUUCAAUGACAAGUCAGCGACCCUGUCCAAGGAAAUCACCAUCAGCACAGAGACCAUCCAGACAUCCAAGACAGAAAUCUCAGACCUGCGACGUACUUUACAGGGCCUGGAGAUUGAACUACAGUCCCAGCUCAGUAUGAAAGCAGCACUGGAGAACACGGUAGCUGAAACAGAGGCUCGCUACAGUGCUAUGCUAGCAAGUUUCCAGGGCCAGAUAAACAGUCUGGAGGCUGAGCUGGCUCAGGUACGGGCCACCAUUGAACAACAGGGCCGUGAUUACCGCAUGCUGCUGGAUGUCAAGACCCGUCUGGAGCAGGAGAUUGCCACCUACAGAAGCCUCCUUGAAAAGGAAGAUAUCAAGAUGCAGACUCAAGGUUCACAGUCAUCCACUGUCACAACAACCACAGUGCGCUACUAGAACAGCAAUAUGUAAAACUGGCAUCCUGAGACAAAGGGAAAGGCACCUACAGUCACCCUUAAACACACACAAAUGUUUAAAACUUGCUUUGAAAUGUCAUGAGAGGAAUAACUAAGGCUAGCAUGUUUCUUAGAAAUAGUUACUCCCUAGAAGGCAAAUGUUAUCUUGGUCUAUAUGGCAUGCUGCAGAGGUUAGUUUGGUUUAAGAAAUGAUGUAGAACACCUGUGCUUUUAUGCGUGAGUGUUUGUGAUUGUGUGUCAAACUAGUCUCAGACAAUAAAGCUGCUGGUGAAACUA